UGGUGUUCAUGGACCCGCUUUUCGGCGACUUGACCAAGAAGGAUCCGGUCUCCCAUCCUCACCAAAGGCUGACCAGUGCUUCCGAUCUGGAGGUGCUCGUGGACUCCAGAGACCAGGCGGAGAGAUACGGCGCCCUUUCGUCGCUGAGUUCUCUGAAAGAUGACCAGCUGUUGAUCGUUCAGGCGACUCCGGAGAGGAAUCCUCCGCAGCCAAAGAGAGGGAGCUACAAAGUGCUGAUAUCGGGUGCAAAGAAAGCGACGGCUGCCCCUGUCCCCACGCACGGGGACUGGGGGAGACCCGUGCGCCUGACGCUCCAGGGACGGGAGAAGGACGUUGAGGAAGCGGGACUGAGGAAAUACGGUUUCAAUGAAGUAGUGAGCGAGCGGAUCUCACUCCGCCGAAGACUGCCAGAGGUUCGCCAUCCCGCGUGUCUGUCGCAGCAGUACAGCGCUUCCCUUCCCUCGGCCAGCGUCGUUAUCUGCUUCCACAACGAGGCGUGGUCCACGCUGCUGCGCACGGUGCACAGCGUCCUGGACACGGCGCCCAGACAGCACCUGCAGGAGAUUCUGCUGGUGGACGACCUCAGCCAGCACGGGCAUCUAAAGAGCGUGCUCAGUGAGUACGUGUCCCGGCUGGAGGGUGUGCGUCUGAUUCGCAGCACGAAGCGUUUGGGUGUGGCCGGCUGCCGUAUGCUGGGUGCAGCCCGCGCCCAAGGCGAUGUCCUGGUGUUCCUGGACUCUCACUGUGAGUGCCACGGGGGCUGGCUGGAGCCCCUGCUGGACCGCAUCGCUGGGGACAGGAGCAGGGUGCUGUCGUCUGUGCUGGAUGUGAUCGACUGGCAGACCUUCCAGUAUUCUGCAGUGCCCCAGCCACACAGGGGCGUGUUCGACUGGAGGCUGGACUUCCACUGGGAGGCCCUGUCCGAGCAGGAGGACCCACCCACUCGCCCCAUCCGGAGUCCUGCUCUGUCCGGGGUGGUUCUGGCUGUUGACAGGCGAUUCUUCCAGAAGAUCGGAGCCUAUGACCCAGGCAUGGGGCUGUGGGGAGCCGAGAACAUUGAGCUGUCCAUCAGGGUGUGGCUGUGUGGGGGGGUGAUGGAAGUGGUUCCCUGCUCCCGCAUGGGGCACCUGGAGCGCAGUCACCUGACACACACCCUCCCUGAUGACGACACUGUGGAGAAGAACAAGAUCCGGGUGGCAGAGACCUGGAUGGACGCUUACAAACAGAUCUUCUACAAACGAGACACUGUGGCAUACUUCAUCCAACAGGCUGAGAGCUCUAACUGCUCUGACAGAGUGAAGCUGCGUCAGACUCUGGGCUGCAGGAACUUCCACUGGUUCCUGUCCAACAUCCACCCAGAGCUGUACAUCCCACAGGACCGGCCUGGGCUGUCCGGAGAGCUGUACAAUGUUGGCACUGGCUAUUGUGCAGAUUACAAGAGAGGGAGGGUGGGGGGCGUGGCCAUGGAUAUUUCCCCCUGCAGUGGAAACGGUAACCAGCACUGUGAUCUGAACUCUCAGAGGGAGAUACGCUGGGGCCCAGCGGGGCAGCUGUGUUUCGACGUUCGGGGGGAGCGAGUGAUCCUCUCCGACUGCCCCCAGAGACAGCCCUCUCUGAGCCGGCAGCAGUGGAAGAUGACGAAGCAGAGCGGACAGAUCGUCCACAUGAUGACGGAGCGCUGUGUGGAGGCUGUGCUGGGAAAGGGCGUGGCCAGCGAGAAGAACGCCACCGGCGAGAGGGGCGUGGCGGGUGGGAAGGGCACGCCCAGCAACCGCGGCGGACAGGGCAACGCCACGGCGAUGGAGAAGGGGCUCUUCCUGCGCCCCUGCAGCUCCGACCCCCGACAGCAGUGGCACUUUGAUCAGCUGGUGGUUCCGAGGGCUGGCUGA